AUGUACAUCAUUUACACAAAUAGAAUGGAAUGCAUCCUUCUUUUAGUGGAACAGGUUCUGUAUGUUAAGAAAGCAGAACAUAGGCAAGUGCUCCAACAAAGUAUUAAUAUGAAUAUUCUAAUUGUGGGCAUAUUCUUUGAUUUGCACAAAAAUAAUGAACAAAUUUGUACUACUAAAAUAUGCUCUAAAACAAAUUUAGCAUUUCCAUUUUGA